AUGGCAAUGGAAAUCUUCAGUAAUUCCACGUCUUGGGCUUUCUUUUGUUUCGCUGCAGCGAUCCUAUCUGCUAUUCUCUUGACACACAAGAGGGGUCAUAACAAGAACAAGAAGAAACUGCCGCCUGGUGAAAUGGGACUUCCUUGGAUUGGCGAAACAAUGGAGUUCUUCAAAGCCCAACGCAAGAACCGAAUGUUCGAGGAGUUUGUUCAACCUCGAAUGGCAAAAUAUGGGAAGAUAUUCAAAACAAGGCUGAUGGGUUCUCCAACAAUUAUAGUCAAUGGAGCUGAAGCCAACAGGUUUUUCUUGUCAAAUGAGUUCAAGUUGGUGAUAAGCUCAUGGCCUACGACCUCUGUUCAGCUCAUGGGCAGCAACUCCAUCAUGGAAAAGCAAGGAGACCAGCACCGUUGCCUCCGUGGACUAAUAGGCAAUACUCUUAGCUCUGCAGGGCUUGAGGUUUUAGUACCAAAAAUAUGCAAGUCAGUUGAGCUGCACCUAGAGAAAUAUUGGAAUAAUAGCAUAGAUAGAAUCAGCCUUUACCAUUCUACCAAAGUGUUGACAUUUACUAUAGUUUUCGAGUGCUUGUUAGGGAUCAAAGUUGAGUCUGGAACUUUUAGUACUUUUGAGAGAAUUUUGGAUGGGGUGUUUGCACCACCGCUUGCAUUUCCUGGGUCUAGGUUUAGUAAAGCGAAGAAGGCAAGGAAGGAAGUGGAAAAGAUGUUGGUAAAGAUAGUGUGGGAGAAGAAGAAGAAGAUGGAAGAAGGAAGGGAAGGAGGGGAGGAGGAAGGAACUUUGCUUUCUCAUUUACUUGGCGGGAUGAUUAGAGGGGAGAUCACAGAAGAAGAGGUUAUAGAUAAUGUGGUUUUACUAGUAUUUGCGGCUCAUGAUACAACCUCUUUUGCGAUUGCCAUGACUUUCAAAAUGAUAGCCCAGCAUCCAGACUGCCACACUCUCCUCCUUCGAGAGCACAUUGAGAUAAUGAAGCAGAAAACAGAGGGCGACAUUCUAACAUUGGAAGACACCAGGAAGAUGAAAUAUACUUGGCAAGUGGCACGUGAAAGCAUGAGGCUUUUCCCUCCCAUCUUUGGCUCCUUCAGAAAAGCAAUUGUCGACAUUGAAUUUGAAGGAUUCAUUAUUCCUAGAGGAUGGAAGGUGCUGUGGACAACACAUGGGACACACUACAAUGAAGAGUGUUUCGAGGAUCCACUAAAAUUCAAUCCAAGUAGGUUUGAAGAGACGAUUCCACCAUAUGUGUACAUUCCCUUCGGAGGAGGACCAAGACUCUGUGCAGGAUACCAACUAGCCAAGCUCAACAUCCUCAUUUUUGUGCACUAUGUGGUCACACGUUAUGACUGGUCAUUGAUCUAUCCUGAUGAGCAAAUCACCAUGGAUCCUCUCCCUUUCCCUUCCCAUGGAAUGCCUAUCAAACUCUCUCCUAAGUCUAGAGUAUAAAUGAGAGAAUCCCUCGUAAUAAUUAUCAGAACCAAUCGUUGAAAUCCUUCAAAAAUGAAUAAAUGAAUUCAA